UACGGCUCGCGGGCGUAAUGAGUUUCCCUACGGCAUUUAAUAAUGUUAAGCAAUGCCACAUGUUUUUCAUUAAUUUCUAAAUUAUUUCCUCUAUUAUUUCUCAACAACACACACAUUUCCCAAUACAUAACAAGUCUGUAGGAUAUUAACAUUAGUAUUUUAACAAUAGUUAACUUUGUAUUUGAAAACCAAUUGAAACCUUCUUCCACUUCGAAUUUAUGGAUGUAACCAUGUACGCAUUUCUUAUUUUUCUCUAUAAAUUUGAAUCAAUUAACUAAUCUUGUUCCAAUUCAGGCACAAGAAAGCCGUUAAAACGUACAAACACGUUGUUUACGGUUUUGAUUUAUUUCCCCUGUUCGACAUUUAACAUUAACCAUGUCUUUCGGCGUAAGUUAUUGUGAACUAGUGCGACCGCUCCCAAUGCAACAGGGUCCCCUCUUAUCAGUGUGUAUGUUUUUGUUGCGGUUCAUCCGCAGCAAGCAUCGGCCGAAAACACGUGUUCGGAUUUAAAAACAUUUCCCUUUGUCCCAUGCACACAUGCUCUCUGCUGUGCUCUGGGCUGGAAUCUGUCGCACGCCGGCCGGCCACCAAAUGCCUAGGAUGCUCCAGCAUGCUUCAGCAAUUAUGUCAUUAGCUAUUUUUAAGCCCCGCGAGCUUCGAGCUUGUCUUGCAGCCGCCGUCAAUCGUUGAUGAGACGGAACGCGAUCGUACGAUUGUUCAAGCGAUGGCCGGCACCGGUUUCGCAUCGCACCAGGAAGAAAUGGUUUUGCCGAGAUUAUUUACGACGCAGAGGGUUAUCGAAAAGAAGCAGGACAGGGCAGAACCGUAAAAUAGUCGUAAAUUUUCGCCUCAAUCGCAUCAAAUCGAAUGCGCGCGCGACCUGACGGGAGCGGUUUGGGAUUUUCAAUAUUUUGAUUGCCGGGCCAGCUGGUGCCAGUGGUUGCGUAUAAAUAAAAACAAGAGCAUAAAUAUGUGUGGAUAGCGUUUCAGUAUGGGUGUAGAGGGUGAUGACACUGCCGCUGCAGCACUGGAUGAUAGUUGAAAGGCAGCUUCAGUUCGAGUUCAGAAUCAAGUGAGAGUGCAUGUGGCAACACACACACAGUCGAUUCAAAAAUGCAUUAUUUGAUUAAGCACAUCCGGCACAUCCGGCAGUCGUCCGGGACCGGUGUAGAGUAAAGUGGGUGGUGCAAACGCGGUGGUGGAAGAGAAGAAGCCUUCGCUCCUCCUUCUGGGGCGGAUUUUUGCGGGGCAAGAGGCCAGUCAGGGGAGGGUGGGGGUGGUAACGGGUAGGGACGAUGGUAACGAUGACCUCGGAAGUUGAUAAAGACAAGGCAGCAGUGGCAGUAGUGAUAAGUGCACCGAAAAAGAUGAACGCUAACGGCAACGAAAAGGACAAGGAUCGGGACAGGGAAACGAUUACGUCCAGCAACAGUAGCAACAACUGCAACCGGGGAUCGGCUGGAACCGAUGGAGGAGAGGGCACAGUUACCCAGGGUGGGGUAGGGAAUGCGGUAGUGCCACCAGCCGGGAGUGGCGGUAGUAACAUUAGUAGUAGUAGUAGUAGUAGUACAACAGUGGCUACAACUUCAACGGCAACAAUCACAACAACAACGACGGCAACGAUCUCCUCCAGUGCCGCCGCCGGUACGAGCGCCGGAUCGUCCGGUAACAAGCCGGGCCAGGGUGGUCAACCCUCCCAUGCACAGGCCACCCAGGCGGCACUGAACCAGGAUGCACCGAACAUUUUAGUUUAUAAGAAGAUGGAAGCGAUCGUCGAGCGGAUGCAGGGUGAGGAGGGCGGCGUCUCGGUGCGCACCAUCAAAGCCUUCAUGAGCAAAGUACCGUCCGUAUUCACUGGUGCCGAUCUGAUAGCGUGGAUCAUGAAGAAUCUCAGCAUAGACGACGUGAACGAGGCGCUGCAUCUGGCCCACCUGCUCGCCUCCCACGGGUAUCUGUUCCCGAUCGACGACCACCAGCUGACGGUGAAGAACGACGGCACGUUCUACCGCUUCCAGACGCCCUACUUCUGGCCCUCCAACUGCUGGGAGCCGGAAAACACCGACUACGCCGUGUACCUGUGCAAGCGAACGAUGCAGAACAAGACGCGCCUCGAGCUGGCCGACUACGAGGCGGAAAAUUUGGCCAAGCUGCAGAAGAUGUUUUCCCGCAAGUGGGAGUUUAUCUUCAUGCAGGCGGAAGCGCAAAGCAAGGUGGACAAGAAGCGGGACAAGCUCGAGCGCAAGGUGCUCGACUCGCAGGAGCGUGCGUUCUGGGACGUGCACCGGCCAAUGCCGGGCUGCGUCAAUACGACCGAGGUGGACAUCAAGAAGGCGUAUCGGCGCGGCGCUUCCAGCCUGGGCUCGGGAUCGUCCGGUACGGCCGGCAAUAGCAACCCGGUCGAGCAGCUGACGCGCCAGAUAAAGCUGCUGAAGCUAAAGCUCGAGCGACGCACGAUCAAAAUCUCCAAAGUGGCCGAAUCCUACACUUCUUACUUUGAGCAAUACAAUGAGUACGAUAGCUUUCUGAACCCGCCAGAUCAGCCGAACCCUUGGAUCACGGACAAUACCGAGAUGUGGGACGCCGAUCGAACUGCCAAAGACGUAUCGCUAAAGCGCGUCAAGCGGUGGGGCUUUAGCUUGCGCGAACUUCUGAACGAUCCCGUCGGUCGGGAACAGUUUUCGAAGUUUCUGGACAAGGAAUUUAGUGGGGAAAACCUCAAGUUCUGGGAGUCGGUACAGAGCAUGAAGGCACAACCACAGUCGAAGGUGAAAGAGGCGGCCCAUGCAAUAUAUCUGGAGUUUCUCGCCCCGGACGCGCCGUGCCCGGUGAACGUGGACUCGAAAUCGAUGGAGCUGGCCCGGGAGGCGGUAAGCAGUGCGGCACCGCCGAACCGCUGGUGCUUCGAUGUGGCCGCCGCCCACGUGUACCAUCUGAUGAAGAGUGACUCCUACUCACGCUACCUGCGCUCCGACAUGUACAAGGAGUAUCUGAACGGGUCGAAGAAGAAGAUCAAAUCCAUACCGAACCUGUUCGGCGUGAAGCGCUAAGGCACGGGCGCACCACAGUCAUGUUUUUACGACGAUAAAACGAGCGAAGUGCAAAAGACGCGCGUGCAAGAAAUAUCGUACUCCUCUCGAAUGAAAAUCGCGGGUAGCAUAGAGCGUGGUGUAGUAGUGGUAAAGCAAAAUGAUAUAUGUAGACGAGGAGGGAGCUUGUUACAGUUUCGUUCUGAUCGUGUGUGCGCGUGUGUUCAUAGAACGAUUGUUUUAUUAGCGUCAUUGAUCGCCAUAACUGAAGUAGUGGGUAAGCGGAAGUACAUACACACACACAGGCGCGAAGCGAAGGAAUCGUUAUGCUAAGAUUUAAAAAGCGGAACACGUGUUAAGGCCGUGUUUCGCGAUGCCAUUUACUGUAACGUAUUUGCCAGAUAGCGGGGCAGGCCGCGCGAUACCAUAUAAUAGCGAAACGCAAACACGCAAAAAAAAACUAGAACAACACAAAAACCAACCAAAUACAACCAAACAAAGGAAUUGUUGAUGAAACUUCAUCGAACGGGUGGGGAUAGCGUUUAUUUCGUACGCAGCGCGCGAAUAAUCGAUGCGCAUUGUGCAGUGCGAUGUAUCUCAUUUAGUGUAAAAGUAAAAGAAACAUACAAAAGAAACUAGUGAAAUACUUAUAAUAGUGUAAGAGUAGUGCAAACAACAUAGGGAAAGAAACGGAGCGCCCAUGACGACUGUGGGGGGUGGGGCAGAAUGCGUUGUUGAAGAUACAGAGAGCUCGCCAUGCGCGGUUCGAAAAUGUGUGGAGCGAACGGGUAGCAAUGCCAUUAGAAUUAUACAACAGAUACAAUGCAUAUUAGGUAAAUGAAAACGCAGCAACAAGACAAGAGCAAAUAUUAUUAUAUUGAAAUAAAUAUAUCAUAUAUACAAACACUCAUACAUACGAAGUGUCGCCCUCGCCCUUCCUGAUCCAGAACACACUAACAAAACCCAGCCCACCCUAUUCCCAUUCGUGAAGACAAAAAGAAAAAAAACCAAGAAAUAUGCGAAUUUGAAACAAGCAAAUACAACCAAACGCACAUACAUCAGAUGGCAUUAUACAUAUACAAGAAAUACGGUUACAGAGACACAGAACACACAGACAGCCUGCAAACUGUAAACAUUCCUGAA